UUUAGAUUAAACAUACUAGUUAUCGACUAUGCUUGCUCAUGAGUUAAUAUGCGCUCAAAUAGAGCCAUCUUUCCGCAUUUUUGAGAGAUUCAAAAAUUGGGAAAAAGAAUCUAAAGUAAUUUAUACUUCUUUCAAUUUACUGCAACAGGUAAACAGCCUUACUGAUAAUACUACGGUUUGUUGUGAGCUAAUUGAAGCUAAUGCUAGUUUGCAGCAUGAAUUGUUCAAAAUUUUAAGGUUGUUCGUGACACAAGGUAGCCUUUGUACAGAAAGUAACAAAGUAUUUCCUGAAGCCUUUGUUGAGGAAACAAUUAAAAAGUCUUAUCGGUCACCGGUGAUGAUUUCAGAAAAUAACUUCCGUCAAAAUCAGAGGGACUUACAUUCAUGUACCAAUAUACAUCCGACGGCAAAAGAUUAUCGUAAUAAUUUGGAUUAUUCGAAAAGCUUACCAAGUUUAGAAAAUGAGAUUUUAGAACGCUUAAUACAAAGUCAAAUUCAAUGUGAUAGAUUAACCAAUCAACUAAAAGCUCAAAGUAUGGAAUUUAUUCAACCUAAUAUAGAAAAUAAAUCAAUUUACUCUACUCAAAAGCGACCCAGAGCUAUGGUAGAUGCUGAAAGCAUAGUGGCUUCUCCUGUAUCGGAAUACGAUCUUAAUAAACAAGUAAAUGAACGAUGUGAUGAUGACAUUUAUCCUCAGGAAAGUGAUAAUUCUUUCAUUUCUAAUGAUCAUCUGGUGAAAUUUGUUGAAGAUAAAAAUGUUACAAGUCAUCUUCAAAGUUGGCUUUCUCCUUUGGUUAGCCGAUAUAAUGAUCUAUUCACGAAUUUACGAGUGUCGUGUAUGGAUCAUCUACAAUCAUUAGGUCAAUCUGAUUGUGCAAGAAAUCAACGCUUGAUUUUUCACGCGGUUCAAGCCGGCUUCACUGUCACCAGCCAUGUGAUCCAUCGUCUUCCCAGUUACACUCAAAAAGAAAAUUAUGUGUCAAGGAAUGUUGGUGAGCGACAAUUCUCCCCAUCAGACAUAUCGCUCAAUGCUGAUCAAUUAGAUAAACUUGUAGCCGCAACAUUCAGGCGUCUUUCACGUCACGCUCCACCAGAAUGCGCAUGUCAUACUUCAAUUACUUCGAUGAGUGGGACAAAUAUUAAACGGCCUAUUUCCAUAAGACGACCUGUGACAUCUCAGGAACUGACUGCUUUAGAUAACCUUCUAAAGGAAGUUUGUUGUCUUGCUUGGCACCUACUGGCUGGAAAAAAGAGUCCACAACUAGAUAUUGAAUCAGAUGGAGUUCAGUCUACUUGGUAUGCAGAUGUGGAUAAAGCUGCCAAACCUGGUGAUCCAUACAAUGACAAAUGUUAUCGAAGAAGCUAUGAUUCAGACCCAUCUGCUGGUCAAGUUCACCAUUACAUUUGGCCAUGUUUAAUUUUAUAUAAUCAAAGACCUACUGAAAUUCAACAGCGAUUUCAAUCAACAAAAAUGGAUAAGACUAAUAGAUGUAAAUCGGUUAAAGCAUGUAUUUUGGUGAAAGGAGAAGCAUGUACACGUAAUCCAAUAUAUGCAGCAUCGCAAAAAGAUAAAGCUGCUGCUUUAUUAAAUCAUGAGUAUUCUUGUCAGAAUGUGUGUAGAUGCACGUCACCGCAGAAAUAUGGUAGAUCAAGAUCAGCAUCAAUUCGGAGAGUCUAGCAAAUAUUGCUUUGCUUUUAGAUCUGGCCAAUAUUUGGACUAUUAAUUUGGACAUAUGGUUGUAGGAUCUGAAGAAAAUUUAUUGAAAAGAAUAUUCUUCGUUCAGAUAUGUUUUAAUAUGGGACAGUGCCUACAUAGUUGAGGUAGAUACGUUUGGUGAUAUUCAGACCAAUAGAUGUAACAAAUUGUCAUUCAAAAUGAGGAUAUUUUUUUCAAAAUGAAAUAAGAAGAAACAAGAAAAUUCUAAAUGUAUAGUGUACACCACAUAUACUGACAGAUAUAACUAGCAUAUAGCAUCAAUCGGAGGUGGAGUACCUGUCAAUAGAAGGGUGAAUUGAAGAGGACAGAAAGAGAAACAGAGAGCAAUUGUAAUCACAACAGGAAUGAUUAUCGUGCGCUUGAUAUGCAGCAUAUGUGCACAACAUCUAAGUUAACUGAUAAAAUGACAGAUUAUAUUCAACACAUUGUUUUUUAUUCUGGUAAACAUUUAAUUAUUCACACCAACCCACUAGCAA